GGCCAGAUCCGCGGCGGUGGCGAAGGGGCUGAGGGGUUCGCUGCCAGCAGUUGCCAAGCUGUGGCGAUCUUGGCGGGAUGGUAUAGCCAGGCUUGCAGGAGGGCGGUGGGGCGCGGGCGGGAGCGAGGCGGCCGGGAAGGCCGACGCCGCCUGAGGGGCUUGGGAGCGGCGGCAGCAAGCUGAGGGGGCGUCGCCGCCGCAGGCCCCCGGCGCCGCCGCGGGAGGCCGCGCCCGCCAUGGCGGCCCGGGCGGUGCUGGACGAGUUCACGGCGCCAGCCGAGAAGGCGGAGCUGCUGGAGCAGAGCCGCGGCCGUAUCGAGGGCCUGUUCGGCGUAAGCCUGGCCGUGCUCGGCGCGCUGGGGGCUGAGGAGCCGCUGCCCGCGCGCAUCUGGCUGCAGCUCCGCGGGGCGCAGGAGGCGGUGCACAGCGCCAAGGAAUAUAUUAAAGGAAUCUGUGAACCUGAACUAGAAGAAAGAGAAUGUUACCCCAAGGCCAUGCACUGCAUUUUUGUUGGAGCAGAGAGCCUGUUUCUGAAAAGCUUGAUUCAGGAUACUUGUGCCGACCUCUGCAUUCUGGACAUUGGCCUUCUUGGCAUCAGAGGAAGUGCUGAGGCCGUGGUCAUGGCUAGGAGUCACAUUCAACAGUUUGUAAAGCUCUUUGAAAAUAAGGAGAACCUACCCAGUAGUCAGAAAGAAUCAGAGGUAAAAAGAGAAUUCAAACAAUUUGUUGAAGCCCAUGCAGACAAUUACACAAUGGAUUUGCUGAUUUUGCCCACUUCCUUGAAAAAAGAACUUUUGACACUCACACAAGGUGAGGAGAAUCUCUUUGAAACAGGGGAUGAUGAUGUUAUUGAAAUUAAAGAUUCUCAACAAACAGAGUUUACACAGAAUGCUGCUACAGGGCUGAAUAUUUCCAGAGAUGAAACUGUUUUGCAGGAAGAGGCAAGAAAUAAAGCUGGGACUCCUGUUUCUGAGCUUACACAACAAAUGGACACAGUCCUUUCUAGCUCACCAGAUGUGCUUUUUGACCCAAUAAAUGGUCUAAGCCCAGAGGAAGAGGCACUUUCCCAUGAGAGAAUGUGUCAGAAAAGGAGAUCUUCUGAUUCUGAAGAAAGGCAUACCAAGAAGCAGUUUUCUUUGGAAAAUGUUCAGGAGGGGGAGAUUUCACAUGAUGCUAAGACAUUGGCUGAAAAUGUAAUAGUUGACCUGUCUGAUUCUUCUACCGAUUCUGAAAAUUUAAGUCCAGAUACAAAAGACACUACUGAGGAAAUGGAAUACAACAUCCUCGUAAACUUCUUUAAAACCAUGGGCUAUUCCCAAGAAAUUGUUGAAAAGGUCAUUAAGGAGUAUGGACCAUCUACUGAACCAUUAUUGCUCUUAGAGGAAAUUGAAAAAGAAAAUAAAAGAUUCCAAGAAGACAGAGAAUUUUCAGCUGGUACUGUGUAUCCAGAGACCAACAAAACCAAAAAUAAAGGUGUUUAUAGCAGCACAAAUGAGCUUACAACUGAUUCCACUCCAAAGAAAACACAGACUCACACACAGCAAAAUAUGGUAGAAAAAUUUCCUCAGUUACCAUUCAAAGGGGAAGCUAAACCAUGUACCUCAAAUUGCAGAAUUAAUACUUUCAGAACAGUGCCCAUAGAACAGAAACAUGAAGUCUGGGGUUCAAACCAGAACUAUGUUUGUAACAUAGACCCUGAAACUGAUGGCCUUUCACCUUCUGUUGCCUCUUCAAGUCCCAAAGAAGUCAAUUUUGUUUCAAGGGGACCUUCAAGUCACCAGCCCAGAGUUCCUGUUUUUCCUGAAAAUGGUUUACACCAGCAGCCAGAACCCUUGCAUCCAAAUAAUAUGAAAUCUGCCUGUGAAAAACGUUUAGGAUGUUGUAGUUCUCCUCAUUCUAAGCCAAAUUGUUCAGCCCUUUCUUCACCAAUGCCACUGCCCCAGCUGUUACCUUCGGUUACUGAUGCAAGGUUGGCAGGACCUUCUGAUCAUAUUGAUUCCUCAGUUACUGGGGUCCAAAGGUUUCGAGAUACUCUAAAAGUACCCUACAAGCUGGAAUUAAAAAAUGAACCGGGGAGAACGGAUUUAAAACACAUUGUUAUAGAUGGGAGCAAUGUUGCAAUUACCCAUGGUCUGAAAAAGUUCUUUUCUUGUCGUGGAAUUGCAAUUGCGGUUGAAUAUUUUUGGAAGCUUGGCAACAGAAACAUCACUGUAUUUGUCCCUCAGUGGAGAACAAGGCGUGAUCCUAAUGUCACAGAACAGCACUUCUUAACCCAGCUCCAGGAGCUCGGAAUAUUAUCUUUAACUCCUGCCCGGAUGGUCUUUGGAGAAAGAAUUGCUUCUCAUGAUGACAGGUUUCUACUACACUUAGCGGACAAAACUGGUGGCAUAAUUGUAACAAAUGAUAAUUUCAGAGAAUUUGUGAAUGAAUCGGUCUCUUGGAGAGAAAUUAUUACAAAAAGGCUGCUGCAGUACACAUUUGUGGGGGACAUAUUUAUGGUUCCCGAUGAUCCUCUGGGAAGAAGUGGACCUCGAUUAGAGGAGUUCCUUCAGAAGGAAGUCUGCCUUAGAGAUAUGCAACCCCUACUCAGUGCCCUGCCAAAUGUGGGCAUGUUUGACCCCAGCUUCAGAGUCCCUGGCACCCAGGCAGCCAGCACCAGCCACCAGCCUCCAACUCGGAUUCAGGGAGCACCUUCAAGCCACUGGUUCCCUCAGCAGCCCCACUUCCCACUGCUGCCGACCCUCCCCAAUCUCCAGCAGAACCUGCCCAUGCCAGCUCAGAGAUCUUCUGCGGAAACCAAUGAGCUGAGGGAAGCCCUUCUGAAGAUCUUCCCUGACUCGGAGCAAAGACUGAAAAUUGACCAGAUCUUGGUGGCCCACCCAUACAUGAAAGAUCUAAACGCUCUCUCUGCCAUGGUAUUGGAUUGAAGAUUGUGCUGAGAAGCUUGUGCUCAGGGCUGGCUGAUCAAACUCAAGCUCACACCUGUACCUGUUGGGAAUGAACAUAAUGUGAAGAAACUUAUUUCCCAGUGUAAACGCAGUUGUAUAGAAAAAAAAGUUUUGUGUAUAAAUCUGGGUUUUCAAAACCAGCUUUUUUCUAUAUAUAAAUUAUGCUGCUAUUACAGAUUUAACAUUUUCUGUUAAAGGAAAGUCUACAUUUUCUGCCUGUUCAGAACUGUUUAAUAGCAGUUACUCUUGAGUGUAUUUACCUUUUUAUGUUUUUUAAACUAUUUUCCUUAAAGCCGAAAAUAUUGACAAAUGGAUAUGGUUAGCCUUUAUAAAUAAAAAAAAAUUAAAAAAAAGAGUUGCUUUCUUAAGGAAAGCAAGACCUCUUAAAGUAUA